CGCAAACUACCCCAGAUAUCAACAUCACUCGAAGAUCCUUCCUCCUCCUCAAUACCACUCGCUCAGUCCUUUUGAAUUCCCAGUCAAUCCGAUUCUACUUCCUUCAGAUAAUUAGCAUGGAUUCAUCCACUCUUUUCGACGUUAAGGGCAAAGUCGUCCUAAUCACAGGCGGUGCCAAAGGUAUAGGUCGCAUGAUCUCAGAAGGAUUUGUUGCAAAUGGAGCGAAAGUAUACAUCUCAUCCAGAGACGCAAAGGCCUGCGAGCAGGCAUGCAAAGAGUUAAAUGCCAUGGGCAAAGGCAGCGCCGAUUACAUCCAAGCCGAUCUCUACAAAGUUGAAGACUGCAAGAAGAUAGCUGAGGAGCUGGGCAAACGCGAGACAAAAUUAAACGUUCUGGUCAACAAUUCUGGAUCAAACUGGGGAGCUCCGUACGACGAAUUCCCUGAGUCUGCAUGGACUCGAGUCCUAACCCUCAACCUCACCCGCGUCUUCACACUCACUCAAGCCCUCACCCCUCUCCUCGAAGCCGGGGCCUCAGAACUUUCUCCAUCCCGAAUAAUCAACAUCGGCUCAGUGGACGGUCUCCGCGUCCCAUCCCUCGAAACAUUCUCGUACUCCGCCUCGAAAGCUGGUCUCCACCAACUCUCCCGCGUGUUGGCCAACCAUCUCGGAAAGCGGAAUAUUACGUCUAAUACGCUCGCUUCUGGACCGUUCCAAAGUAAGAUGAUGAAGCAGACGCUGGAGACGUUUGGGGAGACAAUUAAAAGUGGGAUUCCGUUGGGGAGAAUUGGUGAGAAGGAGGAUGUGGCGGGCGCGUGUCUGUUCUUGAGUAGUAGGGCUGGGGCAUUUGUUAAUGGAGCGACGAUUGCACUUGAUGGAGGCAGUUUGGUGGGGAGCAAAUUGUAGAGGUGGAGGGAUGUUGUAAGUGUAUGAUAUAAAAAGAGUUUUCGAGCAGUGUCGAAAAUUGGGCCGGUUGAAAAAAGGGACUAGGGAAUUCUUUGGAUUGAAUGGCGCUCAGUUACGUAGAAUACGAUGGUCAAUUUCACAAGAACGAUUGAAUAUCUUGCUGAAA